AUGAAGAAGAAAUUUGUUCCUGAAGACUAUGUGCAAGAUCUCUACAUAAAGAUGCAAACUUUCAAGCAAGGUACAUCUAGUGUUGAAUCUUCUAUUACUGAAUUUGAAAGAUCUGAUAUGCUUUGUGAUUUAGAUGAAAGGCAAGAGCAUAAAGUAGCUAGAUUUAUUGCUAGAUUGAAUGAAGAUAUUGCGGAAAAGGUUGAGAUACAACCAUAUUGGAACUAUGAUGAUGUGUGUAAGGUUUCCAUUCGAUUUGAAAAGCAAUUAAAAGGGAAGAAGGGGUCGUACACUAAAGGGGGUUCUAAGACUUUUGAAAAGCCGGAUUCAAGUAAAUUUAAUGCUAGCAAUUCGUCUACUUCCAAGCAAGAUAAACCUAAGUUCGAACCUAACAAGAAGCUUGAAGGUGAGGAUAAGAGAAAGUGUUUCAAGUGUAGGAGCUAUGGUCACAUAUCAAGCACUUGUCCUUCAAAGAGAGUGAUGACUGCACAUGAGUGGGAACAAGAGCAAGUGUUGCGUGAGAAUGCUGGAAACUAUGAGGAAGAUAAGGAGCAAGAAAAUGAUGCAGAAGAGGAGGAGCAUGUGAGUGAAGUAGAGCCCGAAACACAUGGUAAAAGCUUGGUUUUGAGAAGAGCACUACACUCCCAAACCGUACCUAUGGAGAACAAUCAAAGAGAGAAAAAUUUUCUUACAAGGUGCAAAGUGAAAGAGAGAUUGUGUGACAUGAUCAUUGAUUCGGGGAGUUGCACUAAUGUGGUGUCUACUACUCUAAUUGAUAAAUUGAAGCAUCCUACAACCGAGCAUCCUCAACCAUACAAGCUCCAUUGGCUAAGCAACACUAGUGAUGUGGAGGUAACAAAACAAGCCUUGAUUUCUUUUUCUAUUGGCAAAUUUAAGGAUCAAGUGCUUUGUGACGUUUGUCCUAUGGAUGCAUGCCACAUAUUUCUAGGGAGACCUUGGCAAUUUGAUAGAUUUGUGAAGUAUGAUGGUAGAACUAAUGUGUAUGUUGUUAAAAAGGGAGAAAAAGACAAACCAAUUGCUUUGAAAUCCUUAAUUUCAAAUCUACCAAAGAUCACUUCUAAUUCGCAAGGCUUGCUGAUGAUUAAUGAGAAAGAAUUUGAUAAAGCAGUGGCGCAAGAAGGUUGCUUUUAUGUGUUGGUUUCAAAGGAAAUUAAAGAAGAAAUUAAGGUGCAAACGCCUUCGGUUUUGGAGCCUAUUUUGCGUGAGUUCGAUGAUGUGUUUCUGGAUGAAUUACCACCUGGUUUGCCUCCAAUUCGUGGUAUUGAACAUAAAAUUGAUUUUAUUCCGGGAGCUCCUUUACCAAACAAAGCUGCUUAUAGAAGUAAUCUUGAAGAGACUAAGCAGAUGCAAAGGCAAAUUGAAGAACUCAUGGUGAGGAGUUAUGUGCGUGAGAGUAUGAGUCCUUGUGUGGUGCCUAUGGGAGUUGGUGCAUGUGCAUAG